AUGAAUCCAGAUUUCACAGUUUAUGUUUCAAAUAUUUCAUUGAAAGCAAAUACUAAAACAGUUUCAGAUUUUUUCUCAUUUUGUGGAAGAAUUGUUAAUUUAUUUUUAAGAAAUGACCCAACUGGUAGUUCACAACAAGCAAUAGUAGUAUUUGAAUCAGAUUCAGCUGCAAAAACAGCUUUAUUAUUAACAAAUGCAUUAAUUGUAGAUAAAGUAAUUCAAGUUGUUCAAUUUACACCAGAAUUAGAGUUUGAUUUAACACAACAAUUUUCUCAACAACAACAAUUUAAUAAUCUCAGUGGUGAACAACAACCACAACAACAACAAUAUGUUAGUCAACCACAAGAAGACAUUGUAAAUAGAGAACAUAGUGUGCCAGAUAAUGAAAGAAGUAAAACCUCUGUUGUUGCAUCAAUUAUUGCAGCAGGUUAUAGUGUUGGACAAGACGCUGCCAUUAAAGCACGUCAAGUUGAUGAAGAACAUAUGAUUUCAUUAAAACUUAAAGUUGGAGCUGAAGCUGUCAAAGCAAAAGCAAAUGAAAUUGAUAAUAACCUUCACAUUUCUGAGAGUGCCGCUGCCAUUAAGGGUGCAGUUGUAGAGAGAGCAAAUGCACUCGAUGAAAGAUUCCAAAUCUCAGGUUUCUUUAAGAGUGCAAGUGAUAUGAUCUCUCAACAAGCUUCCAAUUUAAUGAAAGCAGCCGAAGAAAAUAGUACAGUUUCACCAAUCGUAAAUAAAGUUUCAAGUUUUGGUACUUUUAUUAAACAAGAAGUUCAACAAAUUCAAACUGAAACCUCUCAAGCAAUUGAUGAAAAAAAUAAAGAAAAAGGUAUUAACUCUUCAAAUGAUACUGAAUUACAACAACAACAACAACAACAACAACAACAACCAGAACAACCAGAACAACACUCAAAUAUAGAUUUUUCAAAAGAACAAUAA